AUGGAGGAAAGUAUCAGUCUCGAAGAGACAAACAAAAUCCGUAUCUCUCUCGGUCUCAAGCCUUUGACCGAUGAUAGCGCCCCGGUAGACGACAAGGAGAAGCAGGCUGAGCAGAACUACGCCAGUCAGCGCGAACAAGAGGCGAAGGCCAAGGAAGAAAAUUGCUUACGUGACCCUCUCUCCAGGGUGAGAAAUAAGAAGGAGCUCAAUACAUCGCUGAAAGGAGCCACACUUGGUGACGCCGAUGCGGACACAGACGACACCCUGAAAUGGAUCAAGAGAGCUAAGAAACGGGAGAAGGAGCUGGCCAAAAGGCGGCAGGCUGAGCUCGAGAGCAUGGAUCAAGUAUUCCAGGGCGCUGAUUAUACAGAAAAGGACCUCGCAGGGCUUAAGGUCAGCCAUGACUUCGACGAACUGGAAGACGGUGAAGCCCGGAUACUCACACUCAAAGACAGCCAGGAUGAAUUACAGAACGUCGAGAUGGCUGAACAUGAGCGGACAAAGGAGAGAAACGAGCUUAAAGUCAAGAAUCGUGAUUACACGGGGUACGACGACGAAGAGUUCGUGGACGGCCGAGAGGGUAUGAAGCGUGCAGUUCUGUCGAAGUAUGACGAGUUCUUGGAAGGCCCCAAGGAGUCGGGUUUCCGUUUAGGGAGCUCACAGUCUUUCGUCAAUAAGUCAACACGAGAAGAUCAGGGGCAGGCUGCCAUUGUCGUCAAGAAAUCACUUCUCUCCAUCGAUUACGCCAAGAACCUCGAAAUUGCUGACUAUUUACAGAAGGGCGAUGUCGGCUUCAAAAAACCCAAGGCAUGUAUAUAUCAUCUACCGUGCUCUGACACUAAGAAGAAGCGGCCUUCAAGGAGGAUUCCGGACGAGUCGGACGUUGCUCCCAUCACCGUGAAUGACAUGGAAGUCGAUUCAACAUCUAUCAUUCCUGUGGAGCGUGAUUUGAAUGUCAAUUUCGUUGAUGACGAUGAGCUUCAGGCCGCGCUUGCGCAGUCAAGAAGGGUAAAGAUCAAAGCCAAAAAGGUCUCGCCCGAGGAAAUCGCCAGAAAAAUCAAUCAGGAAAGGGCACGAACAGAACAGAACAACGGCGUAGAAAUCAUAAAGGUAGAUGAUGGGGACGGUCCUGGCCUUAUUUUUGAUGACACAUCCGAAUUUGUUCGCGGUAUCACUCAUGAUCCCGUGGUAGUCAAGAGGGAGGAUCAGCAAACAGCACAAACGACGGCCCCUCGCGAGCCCACACCGCCUACUAGCGUACCCAUGGACGUUGUUGAGGAGCUAGAAGCAGGAGAAGUUGUUGUCAAGGAUGAGGAGGAUGAACAAGCCAUGUUAAACGCCAUCGAGGAUCUUAUCCAGGCUACCGAGGCCGAGGAAAUAGCGAAAGCGGCAAAUGGCGAUCUGGAUGUUGGGACAUCGACCGAGCAGAAUUUCAGCACAGGCAUGGCUUCGACGCUCACUAUUCUUCGACAGCAGGGAAUACUCGCAACACCUUCGGCAGAUCAAACGGAACGGGAACGCAUACAGUUGCAGCGCGACGUCUGGUUGGCUUCCCAACGGCGGCGUGUAGCAGAAAACGAAAUGGAGAAGCUCAGGUCUCGAGGAAGUAACAAGGAUCAGGCGCAGCGCGAAUACGAAAACCGUAUGCGCGAGCAGCAAGAGGCGCGCGCAAACCUAGAAGCGUUCAAAAACUACAAGCCGGAUGUCAACAUCGUCUAUCACGACGAGUUUGGGCGCUCGUUGACACCCAAGGAAGCAUGGAAGGCGUUGUCGCACAAAUUCCACGGCAAGGGUUCUGGGAGGAUGAAGACGGAGAAACGAUUGAAGAAAAUUGCGGAAGAAAAGAAGAAAGAGGCCAUGAUCAGUGGCGACACACCACUUGGUAUGAACGAAGCCUUUCAAAGACGCCAGGAAAAGACAGGUCAAGCUCACUUCGUACUGUCGGUGGGCAACAGGGGUGCCGUCCCACAAGCCGCGGAGUUUCUUGACCCACAGCCCUUAUCCAAGGGCAAAACGGAGAAGUCGAAGGGCAAGAAAAAGGAUGGGAAUAAGUCUUCAGCCCCACAGACUUUGGACAACGGGUUCAUCACUCUUCCGGCGCCACAGUUCUCGCACAAUCUAAGCUCGAGCGCGAGUCCUGCAUCCGUCGGCCCGCACGAGACGAGCUCGCCAGCCCCCCGACCUGGGUUCUCGAGAAUUGGCGCUGGUGCAGUCACAGAGAGUGUAUCAGGCCACGGUACGCCUGUAAACGGGGAUCGAACCAAGGUCGCUUUCGGCUUCGGAACAAAGAGAAAAGCUGGGGACGAAGCAGCUGGGACCCCACCGCCGAAGAGGCGUUAAUUGGUUUCUCGCUCCUGUGACUUGUUUAUCUGAACAUCCAUUCACGAUCUCGGAUCUAUAUCCACUACUGUUACUCACUCUGAUUAUGCCGAAGACACUUUAAACAGCUUUUCGGCCCUCAAGAACGCUUGAUGUUGUGAGUACGGAUUGGCUUUGUGUGUUGUAUAAUGAUGAUAGUUUUUUGUUCUGUAACAACAGUACUGUAAGGGAUAGAUAUCAGCGUGGCCCGCCCACGGACUUAUGUCAUGGUAAGCGAUGUACGGAAAUCUAUAGAGAAUAUCACGCCAGAACAUAUCAUUGACGA